CCAUCCAAAAUGAGACUUGCUGGGAUCCUGUGCUUUGUAGGACUGGUCUCCCUCUCCUCCACCUUCACCAUAAGGCGGUUCUCCAAAACAAAAUCAUUUGCAAUUGACCAAGAUGAACAGAAAAGACGUGACAUCCCCUUCAUCAAUUCUGAAAUGAAAACACUGGCUGUUGAAGGAGACAUGGUUUUGCCACCUGGACGCAAUGCACUAGUGAACCCAGCCUACAGAUGGAAAUUCCCUAUACCAUACAUUCUCGCCGACAGCCUUGACCUGAAUGCCAAGGGGGUUAUUUUUCAGGCUUUUGAAAUGUACCGCCUAAAGUCUUGUGUAGACUUCAAACCCUAUGAAGGAGAAAAGAGCUUCAUAAAAUUUGAAAAACUUGAUGGGUGCUGGUCAAUGGUGGGAGACCUACAGACAGGUCAGCAGCUGUCACUUGGGCCAUCCUGUGACUACAAGGGCACGAUCAUGCAUGAGCUUCUGCAUGCCCUGGGCUUUUACCAUGAGCAGUCUCGCACAGACAGGGAUGAUUACAUAGACAUCUGGUAUGAUCAAGUCCUUCCUGGCUUUGAACACAAUUUUAACAAAUACGACGACAGCUUAAUAACUGACCAAAACACGCCUUAUGACUAUGAGUCGAUCAUGCAUUAUGGGCCGUAUUCUUUCAACAAGGACCCGCGGUACCCAACAAUCACAGCCAAGGAUCCUGAGCUGACCACACUGCUGGGGCAAUACAAUGACUUCAGCAGCCUUGACUUACUCCGCCUCAACAGGAUGUACAACUGCUCGUCUUCACUCACGCUGUUGGACCAGUGUGCCUUCGAGGCCAUCAACAGCUGCGGCAUGAUUCAGAACCCCAACGACGAUGCUGAUUGGGCACGCACAAAGAGCACACCCGAGUCACAUGACCAUACUCUGAUUGGCCAGUGCAGGGAUGCAGGAUUCUUCAUGUACUUUGACACGGGCAGUGGGCGGUCGGGAGACUCUGCCUUUCUGGUGUCAAGGACCCUGUACCCAAAGCGGAAACUGCAGUGCCUACAGUUCUUCUACAAGAUGACGGGGAGCCCAAAGGACAAGCUAGUGAUCUGGGUGCGAAGAGAAGACGGAAAGGGGAAUGUCCUGAGCACAGUUGCGGCAGGAACAAUCAUUGGCGAUGAUGACCGCUCGUGGAAAAUUGCCCACGUUCCCUUGAAGGCGGAUGGAAAAUUCCGCUAUGCGUUCCAGGGGAUCAGAGGAGAUCCAGCUUAUUCCGCGGGAGGGGUCUUCAUCGAUGACAUAAGCCUAGCAGAGACCCGCUGUCCCAGUGGCACAUGGAGGAUCAAGAACUUCAGCCAAUACAUCAAGGCGUACGGUGUUGGGGAGUACAUCCAGAGCCCUCGCUUCUACAGCCCAGAGGGGUACGGCUUCGGCAUCCAGCUCUUGCCCAACUCCUACUCACAGGGGUACAUAGGAGCCUUCUUCCACCUGACCAGUGGGGACAACGAUGACCUCUUGCAGUGGCCUGCGGGAAACAGACAGGUCACCAUCACUGUCCUGGACCAAGACCCUGACAUCAGACUUAGGCAGUCAUUCUCUUUCAGCUUUACCACAGAUGGCAAACAACUUAUACCAGGUUCAAACACCUUGUAUUGGGACAAGCCCUCACUCACAGGGACCUAUGACCCCUCAUGUGAUUGCUAUCGCAGUUGGACAUGGGGGUGGAAUGCUUUCUUCUCUCACUAUGACCUCAACAGGAGGAACUACCUGAAAAACGAUGACCUUAUUCUCUUCAUCGAGUUUGAAGAUCUUACUCCAUUGAUCAAAACUGAGGUUCCAAUCAAGCCCCAGUCUCAGCCUGUUCAGCAGUCACAGCAUUAAAAACACUAUACUUACUGUAAACAGGAGUGCAAGGGCUUCAGAUCGGACCUGAAAUGUGACAGACCUACUUUUAAUCAUUUUUAUUUCUAUAGCAUUUGAUUGACUUGAACA